AUGGCGGACGACGACGACGCGGCUGCUAAGAGACGACGACGGAGAAGCACGGGCACGGACGGCAUCUCGGUUUUGCCUGAGCACCUCCAACACGAGGUCUUCUCCCGCGUGGGAGACGUCAAGGCCCUCUUCAAGCUCGCCGUGACAUGCCGCGGGUGGCUCCGCCGCUUCACCGACCGGGCAUUCCUCCGCGAGCUAUGCCCUGGCAGCCAGGGCUCGGGCUCGGGCCACCGCGCGCGCCUCCUGGGUGUCGUCGUACAGGACAAGUGGUUCAAUAGCGGGAACAAGGCGAUGGUGCAGGCGCGGAUGACGACGAUGGCGGCACCGCCGCCGCAGCAGCGCGCGUCGUCGUCGGCCUUGGCGCCCGUCUUCUUGCCGGCCCUGGGCUCGCCGCUCGGCCCUGCUGGUCGUGCCCUCACCUCCUUCGUCGGCGGCGGCGACGACGACGGCACCUUCGACUAUGCCGAGCCCCUAGCGGCGCGCCGCGGCAUCGUGCUGCUGUGGCUCGCGCCCCGCACGCCCGAGGAGAUGGAAGACCGCCACCUGUUUGGCGUCUGCAACCCCGUCACCGGCUACCGCCACGUUCUCCCGCCGUUGGAGUGCAGCCGGAGACUCGUCGGUUGUAGACUGGUCGGCUACGCUAUCAUCACAGCCGCCGACGACAGCAGCGUUAACGGGAGGCCGGCGCGCUGGACGUUCUCGCAGCUGCUCGUCAUCACCCAAGAUGGAGAUCUUACCAGGGGCGAGGUCGACUCGGCGUACCUGCACUCGUACUCCGCCGCCACGCGCCGCUGGAGCGCGCCCACCAGGUGCCUCGACAGGUGCGUCUUCUCCCUGGUGGGCGCCAGAUCCGCCGUCGUCCACCGCGGUGCGGCGCACUGGCUGUGCGUCGACGAUGGCCACCGCACGUGGAGGCGACGGCCGGGAGGAGGCAGAGGCGACGGCGACGACCACCAACUGUACAGGCUCAGCGUGGAGGUGGCCACCGCGCGCGUCUCCUUGAAGAGGCUCCCCGUCCGUGUCGGAGGCAAACAGCUCCUCUGCGUCAACGGCGACGGCAGGCUCGCGGUCGCCUCCGUGUAUCCUCUGCACGUGACUGUUUGGACUCAGCCACCAGGCGGAGCCGGAGACGACGACGAUGACGAUGACGACACCACUCCUGCGGUUGCUGCGGUGUGGCCCCGCACUUCUUUUAGAAUAGCCCCGCAACAGCACCACAAUGACAGGUGGUGCAACUUCAACCAUGGAUCGUUGCUCGCGCUGUUCAGGGGCAGCGGCGUCUUCAUCCUCGACCUCGACACCAAGGUGAUGGAGAAAGUCUUCAUCCUCGACUUGGACAACAAGGGCAAGCGGUAUGUGACGUGUGUGCCCUAUGAGAUGGAUUUGGUGGAGUUCUUCACGCUCCAGCUUGGUGGCAUACGAGAGCGACUCGGAACUACUACUAUCCCAGGAACUGAAUCUCCAUAA